AUGGGUUCAGUCAACUACUCAACACCAUUUAAAAUCAAAGAGGCGCCUAUAGAUAGUCAGCGGCCCAUGAGAGUUCGGGUAAUAGGGGCUGGCUACUCCGGAAUUUACAUGGGAAUUCGAAUACCACAACGUUUACGCAAUGUUGACUUACAAAUAUACGAAAGAAACGAAUCCGUCGGUGGUACUUGGUGGGUGAACAAGUAUCCAGGGUGUGCAUGCGACAUUCCAGCACAUUCUUACCAAUACUCAUUCAAUCCGAAUCCUGACUGGUCUGCUUUCUACGCACCUCAAAAGGAGAUAUGCUCGUAUCUUCAAGGGACAGCUGAGAAAUAUGGAGUCCUCAGAUACGUCAAGCUGUCACACAGUGUAGAAUCCUGUCGUUGGGAUGAUAACAGGAAGAAAUGGACCCUAACGAUUAAGCGGGUUGAUACCAACGAGACUUUUGAAGACGAAGCUGAUGUGCUGGUUUCUGCUAGAGGAAGUCUUAGCGACCCUGCUUGGCCGAAUAUUCCUGGUUUAAAAUCCUUUAAGGGGGAAACCAUGCAUUCGGCAUUAUGGAAGGAAAGUUACGACUUCAAGAAUAAGAGAAUUGGAGUUAUAGGGAACGGAUCUAGCGCUAUACAGAUCGUCCCGAAUUUACAGAAGAUUGAAGGGACGAAGCUUUCAUGUUUUGUGAGAAGCAAGACGUGGAUCACAAAUCCUUUUGGCGACGCCGUGAUGGAACAGCUUGGAUUGGACCCGACUAAAUUUGAUUUUACACCGAAACAGCGUCAAGAAUUCGCCAACGAUCCUGAGAAAUUCUUAAACUUUCGCAGAAUUAUCGAAGUAAACGGCAAUAUAUCUCACCCUAUUUCGUUAAGGGAAUCAGAGAUGCAGAAAGGAGCCAUUGGGUUAUUAAGUGAAGCAAUGAAACAGAGACUGUUAAAGAAGCCCGAAAUCGCAGAAUUCUUGAUUCCCGCUUUUGGAAUUGGUUGUCGGCGCAACACGCCGGGGCCGGGUUACCUCGAGGCGCUCGUCGAGGACAACGUAGACUUCAUUACUGACCCUAUAGAGGCGAUAACAGAAGGUGGAGUAACUCUGAAGUCGGGUCGCUUGGUUCCCCUUGACGUUAUUGUCUGCGCUACAGGAUUCAAUACCUCGUCGGCGCCACCAUUCCCAGUUUAUGGACGCACUGGUCAAUCGCUGGAGUCACGCUUCACACCAUACCCCACAGCAUAUCUCGCACUUGCAGUAGAUUCGUUUCCCAAUUUCUUCAUGAUGCUCGGCCCGAAUGCAGCUAUCGGGGCCGGAUCUCUAACUGUGAUGCUCGAAACUCAAGGCGACUACAUCAUAAAAAGUAUCCGGAAACUACAGAAAGAAGACUACGCCAGUAUGACGAUUAAGCCCGAGCGUAUGCGUGACUGGGAUGAGUACUGCGACGAAUAUUUCAAGCGUACUGUCUAUACGGACGCGUGUCAUAGUUGGUAUAAGAGUGAGGGAGGCUUGGGCGAGCGUAUUGUGGGGUUAUGGCCGGGGAGUGCCCUCCAUGCGCUUGAGGCUCUACGAGCACCCAGAUGGGAAGACUAUGACUGGGAAAGUAUUGAUAGCAACGGGUCGAACAAGUUGAGGUGGCUAGGGAACGGGUGGAGUCUUACGCACUCGAAGGGUGAAGGAGAUAAUGAAUGGGGUGGUAACCCUGCUUGGUAUAUCGAGCCGAACUUUCUGGAUAUUCCUAUUCCAGGAAAUCCGGAGGAUGAUAAGGACCUAAAGAUGCGGCCAUUCUCACAUUAG